AUGUCUCUACAGGUGCAAGUAUUCAGGGCGCCACCUAGGAACUUGCUUGGUUCAGUGGCGCAAUAUUCCGCAUCAUCAUGGUCCACCAAGCACUCCCUUGGCGGCGUCACUGGUGAUUAUAGCCACGUGACGAUUAAGAGAAAAGAGAGAGGUCAGUGCAUGGGCUGCUUCAGAGUCAAGGCCAGCUUGGACGACGCCGCCGGUGCUGUUACAGAGGUGGGUCAAGUGACAGAUGUCACUAAGGAUACCUUCUGGCCCAUUGUUAAAGCCGCUGGUGAUGAGACUGUCGUCCUCGAUAUGUACACCCAGUGGUGUGGUCCGUGCAAGGCGAUGGCUCCAAAAUUCCGAGAAUUAUCAGAAAAGUAUCUUGAUGUUAUCUUCCUAAAGUUGGACUGUAAUCACGAAAACAGGCCACUGGCUAAGGAGUUGGGACUUAAAGUGGUUCCUACGUUCAAAAUAUUUAAGGAUGGCAAAAUUUUCAAAGAAGUUACCGGAGCCAAAUUUCAUGAUCUAGAUGGUGCCAUUGAGAAUGCAAGAUCCAGUUAG